GGAAGUCAGUUGUAGGUGCAGCCAAAAAGUUUUUAGAGCAGGCGUGGAGAAAACGAUAGUGGAAAUGCAUGUGUUCCCGACUUGUUGCUCUUCGUUCUUUCCUUCUGCAGGCUGCUGAAGGACUGAGACUAGAAAACUGCAGGGAACAGGACCUACGAAUAUGUACAAAGCGUAAAUGGUUAAAAGAAGAUGGACCAUCGGCACCUUUUUUUUCUUCUUCAUUACGGUUUUGUUAUCUUCAUCCAGUGCCCUUCUUACUUAGAAAAUAAAUAAAAAGAUGACUUAUAAAAAAGCUUACAAGUGAAAAUACAGCUACUAGGUAGAAUUAUAAGCAUUAGUAGUGUGUUUACGACUUACCCAACCUGGAUUUAUUGGUGCUUAUAUUCAUGUGUUGUGGUGACGGUCUGUACAUGUGUGUACCGUGUGUGUGUGGCGCUCAGCUGUCCCGGGAGGUUGUGUAGACUGUGCAUAGGCUGUAAUGUGUAAAUUGCAGUUCACAGAGACGAAGGGUUGUGUGAUAAGAAGACGAAUCCAGUAAUAUAUGUCCUAAUCCAAGUGGGGAGGUGUGAGUGCGUAAGUGUGUGCAGUGUUGCCUCACACGUGAUACAACUCUGCUGCUGCCUCACCACUCAUAGGGAGCUUGAGUGAUACCCUGCAGACGCCGUGCUUUGCUGGUCAUACCGAGGCAAUAUGGGACAAAAUCGUAAGAAAGGUCCAUCACUGUCCAAAGAGGAGCUGCGCAUGCUUACUGUUGGGGAGAUUGUCCAAGAGCUAAUCAAAGCACAGCAGGAAAAACGAGAUGUGAAUCUUAACAAGUUGAAGACACGGAUAUCAUCUAAAUAUGGCCUGCAAUCCUCACCAAGGCUAGUGGACAUCAUUGCUGCUGUACCUCAGGAACACAAGAAAGUUCUUCUUCCAAAAUUACGUGCAAAGCCUGUUAGAACUGCUUCCGGAAUUGCAGUGGUGGCUGUGAUGUGCAAACCUCACCGUUGUCCUCACAUCAAUAUGACUGGUAAUAUAUGUGUGUACUGCCCCGGGGGACCUGAUUCUGACUUUGAAUAUUCCACUCAAAGCUACACUGGUUAUGAGCCCACAUCCAUGCGGGCUAUUAGAGCUCGGUACAACCCAUACUUGCAGACAAGGCACAGGCUAGAGCAGUUACAGCAACUUGGACACAAUGUUGACAAAGUGGAGUUCAUCAUCAUGGGUGGAACCUUCAUGGCUUUACCUGAGGACUAUCGGGAUAACUUCAUUUUGAACCUUCAUGAUGCUCUCUCUGGCCACUCAUCCUCCACUGUUGCUGAAGCUGUCAAAUUUUCAGAACAGAGUUCAACAAAGUGCAUAGGUAUCACCAUUGAGACUCGUCCUGACUACUGCCUCAAGCGCCAUCUGUCUGACAUGCUGCGUUAUGGCUGCACACGCCUGGAAAUUGGAGUGCAGUCAGUGUAUGAGGAUGUGGCCAGAGACACAAACAGAGGACACACAGUGAGGGCUGUCAGUGAAAGCUUCCAUUAUUCUAAGGAUGCCGGCUUCAAGGUGGUUACCCACAUGAUGCCGGAUCUCCCAAAUGUGGACUAUGAGCGAGAUGUGGAGCAGUUCAUUGAAUUCUUUGAGAACCCAGCAUUCCGACCUGAUGGAUUGAAAAUCUAUCCCACCUUGGUUAUUCGUGGGACAGGUCUUUAUGAGUUAUGGAAGACGGGUCGUUAUAAGAGCUAUCCUCCAAAUACCCUGGUUGACCUGGUGGCCACCAUCCUCUCAUUGGUACCUCCAUGGGUGAGAGUAUACAGAGUUCAGAGGGACAUACCCAUGCCACUUGUCAGCUCAGGUGUGGAGCACGGUAACUUACGAGAGCUGGCUUUGGCGCGCAUGAAGGACCUGGGAACAGAGUGUCGAGAUGUGCGCACAAGAGAAGUUGGCAUCCAAGAAAUCCAUCACAAAGUCCGUCCUUAUGAAGUGGAGCUUAUCCGGCGUGAUUAUGUGGCUAAUGGAGGCUGGGAAACUUUCCUUUCUUAUGAAGAUCCACAGCAAGACAUCCUGGUCGGGUUGUUACGUCUUAGAAAGUGUUCUGAACAUACCUUCAGACCAGAGUUGGUGGAUGGUGUGUCAGUGGUGAGGGAGCUACACGUUUAUGGAUCUGUAGUGCCAGUUAGUGCUCGAGAUCCCACAAAGUUCCAGCAUCAAGGCUUUGGCACACUGCUCAUGGAGGAAGCUGAAAGGAUAUCCAGAGAAGAACAUGGUUCACACAAGAUUGCGGUCAUCUCAGGUGUUGGUACCCGUAACUAUUACAGAAAACUGGGCUACCGGCUGGAUGGUCCCUACAUGUCCAAGGCUCUGUAGCGGUCUCUCUCUGGUAUGUUUUUUUUACAUUAACUAAAGACUUUAAGGCACUACAUUAUAAAUACCCUGGGAAACAUACCACAUUUGUUUAUACACAUAAUUUGUUAUUAUUACCAAACAGAUUUGGAUAUAUUUGUAAAUUUACUCAAAUAAUUGUUAUUGGCAAUUAGAGUAUUUUCUUAUUUUUACUUGAAUUCUUGGAAAAAAUGUUCAUAUUCUUAAAGUAAUCUGAUAAUUGUAGAAUUGGACACACAUGAAAAGGUGUGUAACAGUGUGUGUGUGUGUGUGUAGUACAGGCUCUCAAAGUGUUGUAUCAGGAGUCAUUUCCUGUUAAUAUUGUAGACAACGACAAGAUAGUCUGAUUUCACACAGACACAUGGUUGGAUCUUCUCUAAUCUCUUAUACAUAUACAAGUGUUGAAGUUUCAGUGAGUUUACCAUAUAAACAACAUACAAGACAAUGUAA